GCCGGGCGGGUAACCCACCCCCACCCGAUCUGGCGGCGGGGACGGAAGGCGCGAGCCGUGGCCGGAGCUGCGCGUGGGCCUGGCCUCGCUGCCGCGGAGCAGGGGGCUGAGCGCGAGCGGCCGGCGCGGCUCCGGGCGGUUCCCCGCGGUGCAAUAUGUUCAAGAGAAUGGCUGAGUUCGGGCCUGACUCCGGGGGAAGAGUGAAGGGUGUUACUAUUGUGAAACCUAUAGUUUAUGGAAAUGUUGCACGUUAUUUUGGAAAGAAGAGAGAGGAAGAUGGACACACACAUCAGUGGACGGUUUAUGUAAAGCCUUACAGAAAUGAGGAUAUGUCUGCUUAUGUGAAGAAAAUUCAAUUUAAACUACAUGAAAGCUAUGGUAAUCCUUUAAGAGUUGUUACCAAACCACCAUAUGAAAUCACUGAAACGGGUUGGGGUGAAUUUGAAAUAAUCAUCAAGAUAUUUUUUAUUGAUCCCAAUGAAAGACCUGUAACUUUAUAUCAUUUGCUGAAGCUGUUUCAGUCUGACACCAAUGCAAUACUGGGAAAGAAAACUGUAGUAUCCGAGUUUUAUGAUGAGAUGAUAUUUCAAGAUCCUACUGCUAUGAUGCAGCAGCUUUUGACAACAUCUCGUCAGCUAACUCUAGGAGCUUAUAAGCAUGAAACAGAGUUUGCAGAUCUUGAAGUAAAAACCAGGGAAAAGCUGGAAGCUGCCAAAAAGAAAACCAGUUUUGAAAUUGCUGAGCUUAAAGAGAGAUUAAAAGCAAGUCGUGAAACUAUCAACUGUUUAAAGAGUGAAAUCAGGAAACUAGAAGAAGAUGACCAGUCUAAAGAUAUCUAACAAGUAUCAAUUUGAUAGAGACUUUGCUGUAAAUAAAGGGACUUGUUAACAUUGUUCCAUGAUCCGUAUUCCCUCAAAUUUCAUAGAGGAGACUAUGUACAGUUUCAUCCAUGAAUUUCAUUUCAAAAGACUGUUGCAUGUGAGGCCAGCUUUACAGAUGAAAAAUGUCCAGUGUUUAAACUAUAGAAGUAUGUGAAAUUUGUAUUUUUUUUUAUCAUUUUAAAGAAUGUAAUUCUUUGAAAUCAGACUUUUUAAAAAUUGCAUUGAGUGCAGCAUGGUAACUUUGUAAUAAAUCUCAGGUUACUAUCAUUUACAACAUGUAAUCAGUUUUCAUACUCCAUUUACUCUUUCUAAAUGAUUUGGAGACAAAUCUUUAAAACUGAACAUUAAAAUAGUAGUAGCUUUUUCACUGUUAGGAAUCUGAAACUCCUCUGCUUAGUUGUUGGCUUCACAUCCAGUAUGAUGAGUAAACUUGAAGGGAGAGGUUAAAAGCUUUGGUAUGCAGGUAGAUAAAGCCUGUCAGUUUAAAAUUACUUCUGUUUUCUGGUAUUGGUAUUAGGAAAAAGUAAGCUGGUAGAGAUUCAGGAGGAUGAGAUUCUUUUAACUAGCAGUUCUACUUUACAAAUGGUACAGAGACAAACUAUACAAAUGUAGAUCAGACUUGUAUAAAUGCAGCAACCACAUUACUUAUAUUCCGAGAUGUAAGGUGACUUGUCAUGUUUUGCAGCUUUUUGUUGGCCUCUGACUUUAUUCAUAGGAAUAGAAGAGCCUGGCAGUGAUGGAGCAACUUGUGAUCUUGGAAUAAAAGGGUUAUAUUCCCUGCUAUUUUUUAAAGUACCACUUUACAAUAAAAUCACCUGUUAAAUACACACACACACACAAACCCCAGGAAUUAAUGUGAGAUUAUGAAGAUUCAGAGCACUGGGAUUGCUUUAAAUUUGAGAUGAACGUGAAUCGCCUGUUGACCCUGACUUUAGUAAACUAGAUACAUUUAAAACAGUUUCAUAGAAUUGUAACAUACUUCAAAUAAUGCAGUUUUUUGAUAUCUGCACUUAAUACAGAAUUGGAAGGAUUUUGCCUUUUCAUUCUCUGGCCCUACGAUCCAGCCAAGAUAUGUGGGAAUCAAAUGAGAAGGCACAAGCCAAGACCCUUUGUUAAAAGGUGUUUCAAAGAGUUAUAACUUUUCCAUGGAACCAACUACUAUCUGAUGUUCAAAUAAAGCUGGCUGACUCUAAAAGAUGGUCCAAGUGGCUACCUUGGACAAAUUGUUGCCGGUCUGAUGCCUUGCAAGACUCAUGAGAGGAGAACGGGUGGAAAUUGACAGGGAAGUAAAAUAGAUGUCUGUAUUCCAGAAACAGCAGCUCCUCUGUCUCCUUGCAGCCGCUACUCCGGGCUUGAGAGUGGGCUCAAGUUGGAAGGAUAGGGUUUACAGAGAAGCCAAUGGCUUACCCAAGCCCCACCAGCUCAGAUAAUGCCUUGUCACUUUCCCAACCUCUGAGUGAGGGUAAAAGAGCCACUAUCCAGAGGAAGGAAGGCCCAGCGGAUGGGAAACUAGUUUAGGAUUGGGGAAAUUAUGGUUCAGUUUCUUGCUCUCCAUAGUGAGAGACCUUGAACAAGUCACUUAGCCUAUCUGUGCCUCAGUAUCCCUUGUGAUAUGGGGAUAAUAGUAUACCCCUACCUCAUUAAGGAUUAUGAGAUGCUCAGAUACUAGAGUGAUGUGGAUCAUAUAAGCACCCUAGGUAACUUCUUUUUCUGACAGUGAUUGUAGAGGGUUUUUGGAGCUACUUGCUAGAGUUGAAGCUGUGAGGUGUCACUAGAAUUUCAGGAGUACUAUCACACAAGAUUUAGGGGAAUCGCAUUCCAUUUCCUGAGGUAGCUUUUAGGAUAUAGAGGGGGAGGUAAAGGAAACCUGGGAAUUUGCAGUAAUGGUGGGACAAAAAUGAGUCUAGAACUCAAAUUCUGCCAAUACUUACUCCUGCACAGCUCUACAACACGAGAUUGUGGGGGAAUGAGGAAAUCAUCUCAAUGUUUUUAAUCUUCACACUGAGCCACCAUAUGUGACAAGAAUGCCUCUCCUGGUUUGGGAGUUGAAGUUGUGAAUCCUAAUUCUAGAGUACACGAGUUAAAAUAAGGGGAAUAUGAGUAACAUACAAUCAGAAUUCUAGAGCCUCCAAAGUGUUGAAACAGAUCUUGAAAGGCUGUGUUAUAAAUAGCUUAGCAGAAUUCAAUUUUUAUUUUUUAUAAUUUUGACAUAUCAAUGUUUAGUUUAAAACAUUUUUUAAAAAUUUUAUUAACUUAAAUUUUCAGUUGCAGGAAAUUGGGGCGGGGAGGAGGGGUCAGGCAAUAGGUGAGAUCAGACCAUAAUUCUUUCAUGACAGUAGAUUUUGCGAUUUCAAAAAGUUAAAGCUUUAUUGCCAUUAAAGCACAAAUUGUCCACGUCAAAAUAUACAAAAUAAAUAUUCUUAAAUCAAA